CCAAUGUGUCCUGGGCUGACAAAUUGUCGAAGAGGGCCGCCGUCCGUAAGUUACAGUCUAUCAAGACGCUUUUGUGGCUGCCGGACAGCUUGCUGACAGAAGACGCUCUCUCUGCGAUGUACAGCAACUUUUCCCUCAACGAAAGCACCUUCAUUUCGUACUUUUUAAACGCGUACGAAAACUCGGGCAAACUGAUCAAGCGGGACUUGUACGCCGAGGCAUUCUCCCUGCCACUUAACUUUGUGCUGCCUUUCGUGAACUACGACUACAUAACGAACGCCGUGUCGAUCGCCAUGGCUGCGCUGUCGGCGCCUCUAUACGCAGCGAACGCUACUGCCGCUAUGUUUUACGGUGGCCUGGGCUUCUCCUACGCCAUGGCCGUUGUGCGUGCCCUGGACGACACAGGCCUCAGGGUAGAUCCGCAGGGCCGUGUCCUCAACUCCGAUGAUUCGUGGGUCUCCGUACAGUGGAAAGAUGCGGUGGCUGCCAAGACUUCCUGCCUGGGGGUGCAAUCGUCGACUCUCUUUCCGGAAAUUCCCGCUGUAGAGGUAGCGUACGCGGCAUUCCAAUCUGCCCUGGCAAAAAAGGAUCGUCCAAUGCGGCUCGGAACCAACUUCACGGAAGAACAGGAGUUUUUUAUCACCGCCUGCUUCAGCCUUUGUCGUUUGCCCCAAACAGUUUUUGGAUCACUGGCCGGGAACUGCAACAAGGCCGUUAUGCAUUCAGCCGCAUUCUUCGAAGCAUUCGGAUGCAAGAAUGGAAGAAACAUGAAUGCAUCCCGGAUGUGCUCGUAUUUUGACUGACAUUUCGAAAGCGUGUUCGAGUUUAAGAAAUCUUUUGGAAUAUAUUGCCUAGUAUGCAUGCUUGAUUUACCGUUUUCCACGUGAGAGGUAAUAUUUCAAGGAAUGUUGUGUUUUUAUGAAGCUGAUCACAUAGCAUUUUCUCUCAUAAAGUGGUAAACAGACUGGGAUUUAAUAGAGUUGAAUAAUUA